GUAUUUAAAGCGGCUUACUCGCUCACUUAACUAAACAGUGUUCUAUCAACCAGUCACAGCUCAAGAACUCAGUCACCAUGAUGAAGGUUGUCGCAUUUGUUGUUGCCGUUUUUGUCCUGGCAGUAGCAGCCGAGUACCACGAGGAGCACUAUUCCCAUCCGAAGUAUAAGUUUGAGUAUGGAGUCAAGGAUUCCCACACCGGUGACAACAAAGAUCAGUGGGAACACCGGGAUGGCGAUGUUGUGAAAGGACAGUACACUUUAUAUGAAGCCGAUGGAACAAAACGCGUUGUGGAAUACUCCUCAGACAAGCAUCACGGUUUCCAGGCGCAUGUGAAGCGAGUUGGGCAUGCCCAGCAUCCGCAACUAUAUGGACAUGAAGAAGGACAUCAUCAUUCUGGUGCCGAGCAUGGACAUGGCCAUGCCAGCAGCUACGCCAACUUGUACCAACAUCAUCAUUGAGACUGAACAAAAUGUGAUAUUAGUGUAUUGUAGUGAAUGCAGGAUAAACACGAGUUGAAUUUUCCCUCGGUGAUUUUGUGCAUCCAAAAAUACAAUGUUUUUUAUUAGAACCGUACAAGUGUCGUAGAAAAAAAGAAGAAGUGUAAAAAAAUGGACAUUUCUAUCUGUGAUGAAUUGCAUGAUGCUCCUGGCUUUCGUCAAUUGUUGUUUGAGGUGCAGAGCCAUUGACAAUGAGAUGCGCAAUUAUUUUUUCGUUAGUGAUUUAAACGGUUGUAUUCAAAACUUAGGAACAUAAAAUAAGGACCUCAAAUCAUUUGUUUCCUUCUUUCAUUGUUAUUGUCAACUCUAACAAUCCUUUCUUAUUUCUCAAUGUCCUGUAAUACACAACAUUAGCAUCCUUAUUUGGUAAAAUUUAAUAAGGCUGUGGAGUUUAUUCAUUGGGCUAAUUAUUAUUUAGUUGUCCGCAGCAGUUCAGAAUUUGCUCAUGA